AUGGCUCGGAAACCAGAAACUCAACUGCAAAAUACACCGGUGGAUGUGAUAUCCGCAGUAAAAUUUGCUCCUAAAUUAAACAAAUUUUUACUGGUUUCAUCCUGGGAUACGACGGUACGAUUGUAUGAUGUUGUUAGCAAUACAUUACGCCAUAAAUUUGUCCAUUCGUCUCCAGUGCUGGAUUGCGCAUUUCUGAAUUCAACUAAAACAAUCAGUGGAGGGUUGGACAAUGUCGUCAAGCUAUACGAUCUGAACGCCCACAUGGAAAGCACGCUCGGCAGCCACAACGCGGGUGUGAAAUGUGUUGAAUAUUCCGCAAAACUGAAUGCUAUUUUAACGGGCAGCUGGGACAGAUCGGUGAAGCUUUGGGACGUGCGUGAAAAGGAAUGUGUGGGCACCUACGAGCAAAGCAACGGUAAGGUGUACUCGAUGAGCUGCAUUGACGAAAAACUUGUGGUGGCCACUUCAGAGCGGAAAGUUCUAAUUUGGGACCUGCGAAAGAUGGACAGCUACAUCGAGCGCCGGGAAUCGUCGCUGAAGUACCAAACCCGCGCUGUUCGCUGCUUUCCGAACAAAGAGGGUUACGUGAUGAGCUCAAUCGAGGGUAGGGUCGCGGUGGAAUAUUUUGAUCCCAAUCCGGAAGUGCAAAAGAAAAAGUUUGCGUUCAAGUGCCACCGCGCGAAGGAGAACGAGAUUGAACUGAUCUAUCCCGUGAAUGCGAUCAGUUUUCAUACUGUGUACAACACCUUCGCCACCGGAGGUUCGGACGGAUAUGUCAAUAUAUGGGACGGCUUUAACAAGAAACGAUUGUGUCAGUUUCAUCUGUACGAUAGUUCGAUCUCAAGCUUGUGCUUCAGCGAUGAUGGUAGCACUUUGGCCAUCGCUUGUUCAUACAUGGAAGAGUCGGAAAAUGCCCCACAGCCUCCGCCGGAACCUACUCUCUAUGUUCGAUAUGUUAACGAGCAAGAAACAAGGCCGAAAUAGUUGACGUAGCAGUAAGGUUGGACAGGCACCAAGUGCAUGUCUACCAUUGGAGCUGCUAAGCCUUUUAAUUUGGUGUUAAAAGCCGUACUUUGCUUAAUUUCAAGUCACACAAACUGCCAGAUAUAAUAAGUUGAAUAGAGGGCGAAUGUAGAUUUCACAACACUAGAUAUAACUAUGUACUGAGAUGGGAGGCUCGAUAUUCGAAAACGAUAGCUAGCAACACAAACAAAUGAUGCUUUAUUUCGGAUUCAAAUCUCGA